AUGCCGCAACGUUCGCCGUUUGCCAUUCAGGAGCUGCUUGGCCUGGCAGUGGCGGCAGCUACCACAACAACAACAACAACAACAGAGCCAACGGUUACACCAACAGAAACACCAACAGAUUUAACAACAACAACCACAACAGCAGCAACAGCAGCAGGAGGUGCAAUAUCGACGAAAGAGCGGCAAACGCCAACGCCGCCAAAGAUAACAACAUCAGCGACAGCAUCAGCAGCAGCAUCAGCCGCAUCAGCCGCAUCAGCAGCAGCAGCAACAGACUACAGGGAUCACCAUCAAAUGACCAUGGCGGCCGCCUCGCGUAUGGCCUACUUCAAUGCCCAUGCAGCAGUUGCAGCGGCCUUUAUGCCACACCAACUGGCCGCUGCAGUGCACCACCAUCAUCACCAUCAUCCGCAUUCGCAUCAGCAUCAGCAUCAGCAUCCACAUCCACACCAUUCGCAUCCACAUCCGCAUCCACACCAUCCGCAUCCACAUCCGCAUCCGCAUCAUCCAGUCGCUGGAGUAGGAGUUGGAGGAGGAGGAGGAGUGCCGCCACCGCCGACCCUGCAGCAUCACCAUCCGCAUCAUCCGCACCAUCCGCUGCUGCAUGCGCAGGGAUUUCCGCAGUUGAAAAACUUUGCCGCCGGAGCCGGAACUUGUUUGCCCGGCUCUCUGGCGCCCAAGGACUUUGGCAUGGAGGGACUCAAUGGCUUCGGCGUGGGACCAAAUAGCAAAAAGAAAAAGAAGAAGCGACGGCAUAGCCGCACGAUCUUCACCAGCUAUCAGCUGGAGAAGCUGGAGGAGGCCUUCAAGGAGGCCCACUAUCCCGAUGUCUAUGCCCGCGAGAUGCUCUCGCUGAAGACGGAGCUGCCCGAGGAUCGCAUACAGGUAUGGUUCCAGAAUCGCCGGGCCAAGUGGCGCAAAACGGAGAAAGUCUGGGGCGGCAGUACGAUAAUGGCCGAAUAUGGACUAUAUGGAGCCAUGGUGCGACACUCCCUGCCCCUACCUGACACGAUCCUCAAGUCGGCCAAGGACAAUGAUGCGGUGGCACCUUGGCUACUAGGUAUGGAGCAGAAAUGCAUGCACCGCAAAUCGAUUGAGGCCCAGUCGGCGCUAAAGGACGAUUCGGGGGUAAGUGACCAUGAGGAUUCGGCGGGAUCCAAGUCCGCUCAUUCCGAGGAUCUUUCGCGAUCUUUGUCCCACUCGCGGGCCCUGAGCUCCUCCACCGAAUCCCUGAAUGUGGUGAGUCCGGCGCCCAGCAGCUGCACCACCACGGCCUCGGCCUCGGUUUCUGCUUCGGCCUCGACCUCGGCCCCGCCCACGGCUACAACAACGCCCACAGGAGUGACCACCAAUUCGGGCAGCUCGGGGAGUCCCCACAUUGAGCUGAGCUCCCCCUCGCCGCAGCAAUCACUGCAACUGCAGCAGCAGCAGCAGCAGCAGCAACAUCUUUAUGGAGCAGGAGGCACGGCCCCUCCCAGCUAUCAUCCUUUGCUGGAUGCGGCAAAUGCAGCGGGAGCAGGGGCAGCGGCCUCCAGCAAGGAUUUCCACCUGAUUAUGAACACGGCAGUGGCAGCAGCAGCCGCUGCAGCAGCCCAACAGCAGCAACAGCAGCAGCAGCAGCAACAGCAGCAGCAGCAGCAGCAGGUGACGCAUCAUUUGGCCGCUGCUCUCAUGGAGCAUGAUCCGGAUGCAUUCAGAAACAAUUCUAUUGCCUGUUUGAGGGCCAAGGCGCAAGAGCAUCAGGCUCGUCUCCUCAACAACGGCGGCCUCUUUCUGCAGGUGCGCAACUUUGCUCAGGCUCAGGCUCAGGCUCAGGCUCAGGUUGAUAUGAUGAAGCUCCAUGAAGAGCACAACAACAACAACAGCCAGAUAAUCCCGCCCACUGUAACCCUUCCCCCACAUUCCCUGCCCAAUCCUCACCUCAACAUCAAAAUGGAGCUCACAGGAGGUGGGGGAGGAGAAGGAGGCACAGGAGCAGGAGCCUUGAAGAAGGAAAUCUAAAAUCCCAAAAUCUGAAAGCUCCAAAA